AUGCAGUCCGGCAUCUCAGCCUCCAAGGAGCUGGUCGCCCAGUUCAACACGCUGCUCGAGUCCGACCGCCACUUUGGCCUCCUCGCGACCAUCACGGGCGAGGCCCUGACGCCGCUCGAGCUGCUGACCCCGUCCUCGGGCGCGCCGGCGUCCGAGGCGUCCUUUGCCAGCAACGUCGACGCCCUGCUCGUGCCCCGCCUCCACGAGAAGCAGCCGCUCUACAUUCUGCUGCGCCGCUACGACACCAGCCCGUACCUGGUGGCCGCGACGUACGUGCCCGACGCGGCGCCGGUGCGGCAAAAGAUGCUGUUUGCGUCGACGCGGCUGGCGCUCGUGCGCGAGCUCGGCAGCGAGCAUUUCCGCAAGCAGCUGUUUGCGACGGCGGCCGAGGAGCUGACGGGGGCCGGGUUCAAGAAGCACGACGCACACGAGGCGCUGGACGCGCCGCUGACGGAGGAAGAGCGCGAGCUGGGGGCGGUCAAGCGCGCCGAGCAGGAGGCGGGGCGCGGCACGGCGACGCGCGAGAUCCACCUGAGCAGCCAUUUCAAGAUGCCGCUGACGGAGGGCGCGCUGGCUGCGCUCAAGGACCUGGACGGCGGACGGACGCUGGUGAUUCUGAAAAUCAACCCCGACACCGAGAUUGUCGAGCUCGACGACGUGUCGGACGGCCGCGGCGUGUCGACGGUGGACGACGUCGUGCACACGGUGUCGGCGACGGAGCCGCGGUUCACCUUCUUCCGGUACACGCACACGCACGAGGGCGCCGAGUCCAGCCCGUUGCUCUUCUUCUAUACGUGCCCGGCGUCCCCCGGCACCAAGGCCAUCAAGUUCCGGAUGAUGUACCCGCUGAUGAAGCGGGCCGUGUUGGAGGUGGCCACGGGCGAGGCGGGCCUGACGCUGGAGAAGAAGUUUGAGGUGGAGGAGGCCUCGGAAAUCAGCGAGGCGACUGUGCUGGCGGAGCUGCACCCGCAGGUGGAAACGCGCAAGGCGUUUUCGCGGCCGAAGCGGCCGGGUCGGUAG